CACACCAAGUCAGCCGACGCUCAGCUGCUACACCACUGUGUAACAACACCGACAGGCAAGCAGGAGGGGCGGCUGCAAGGAACAGAAGGUGCAGCACCAUUGUCUGACCAAUUUAGCAUCACCGUCGAAGUCGCCUCGGACAAACGACAAAUGCGAUCACAUCAUCUAAGUCCGUUCCAAAGAAACAUUUGCCAUUUGUUGACAGCAUAUUGUACAAGUACAGAAGGCUGCACAAGGACAAGGUGCCAGCCAUUACGUUGCUCGAGCUGUUGGGGCAAAACAAUGCAAUCCAAGCAGUGCAUCCUCGAUGACUGACGGAAGACAUGGAAACACGGCGGGGCAUCAUUACUGCUGUUAGCCUGUGCCUGAGCCUGGGCUCUCUGGGACUGCUGAUCACAGCAAUUUUUUCGGACCACUGGUACGAAACUGACACCAGGGCACAUAAGGAAAGGUGCGAGAGCCAGGGGGGCAGUAGCGAUUCCAAUGACCAGAAGCACCGGCUCAUGCCAAUGUACCGGUUACUACCUGUGCGCCAGCGCAGGGACACCUCCACCAGGGAGCUUCUGCUGCACAUGGGCUUACAGCAGAGCCCACUGCUCCCGAUCGGGGCCGGGGAGGACGACAUCCUAGACCACUGGAGGGCCAUCCUAGGGCUGGGAGUGCUCGAGUCAAAGUGUGGCCGACCUCUUUAUUCUACCUAUGCCGGACUCUGGAAGAAGUGCUAUUUCUUAGGAAUAGACAGAGAUAUUGAUCAUUUAAUAUCUAAAGGCAUUGCUCAGAAAUGCACAUCUGUUAAGUACCACUUUUCACAGCCAAUUCGCCUAAGAAACAUUCCUUUCAAUUUAACAAAAACAAUCCAACAGGAUGAAUGGCACCUGUUACAUUUGCGAAGAAUCACAGCAGGAUUCCUAGGCAUGGCAGCUGCUGUCCUUCUCUGUGGCUCUAUUGUGGCUGCAGUUAGUUUCUUCUGGGAAGAAAGCCUCACACAACAUGUAGCUGGACUGCUGUUUCUCAUGACAGGAAUAUUUUGCACUAUUUCUCUUUGCACAUAUGCAGCAAGCAUAUCAUAUGAUCUCAACCGGCAACCUCAGUUCAUUUAUGGUCUUCCAAAGGAUGUGAAGCAUGGUUACAGCUGGUCGAUAUUCUGUGCCUGGGGUAGUUUAGGUUUAACCAUGGUAGCAGGAUGCCUCUGCACGACGUACCCUUUACUCAGCAGGACAAAGAUCACAAGCUCUAAAUCACCCAGAAAUGCUUCAGUAUGAAUAAUUUAAUGUUAAAAUAUAUAUGACAUGGCUCUCCUUGACCAUCUUUGUGACUGCCUGUCAUUUUUCAAAAAAAUGCUCCUUUACCACUAAUUAAGUCAAAUGAUGAAGCACAAAAUAUGUUUUCUUCAACAUUGUGGCACAAGCUAAAAGGAGCCAUUCCGAGGGUCAGUGAACUCAGGACUGACUUCAUGUUGUAACUGCCAGCUUUUAAAAGCUGCUUGCUUUGCUAAAUGUUUUGUAACAUAAGGAGGAAACUAAAGUAUUGACAAAAAAACAGAUUUUGAGAAGUUGCCAAAUUCUGUGUAUAUAGAUCAAGUUGAUGCCUAAAUCUUGCUGUAUAGCAGUUUCCUAUAGUCAGCCAAGAAGUAUGAUUUGUCCUAUUUAAACUUAAGAGCAAUAUGGGUCAUCUAACAGAGGCAGCAGUUCCGUAAACAUUUUUUUCUCAGCACAAAACAGCUUAUCAGAAUUGUGGCUUCUGGAGUUUCUGUAGUCUUUCUGAUUAAGUAUGCAGCCUGAACUGAUUCCAGGAUCGGAACACAGCUAUGUAAUGGCCUUUGGUGUGCUAGAUUUGUGUCUUUUUCCUUACAUAUGCCAUCUGCUGCCUGAACUUUGGAAACAAUGCUGUGAAACUUCAUUUUCAAUAUUUUUUUGUCAGGAAAUCUUGAACUUUUGUGCCUGACAACAGUAAAACGUAUGCUAAACUGGCAACAUCAGUGUUUUUUUGUAUAUUCCAAGUGCAUUCUUUUGUUAACUCUUUCAUGCAGUAUUAUGCAAUUCCUGUAUGUCCAUUAUGUGUGAGCAUUUUUGUAAGCAGCAUAAACAGUAUUAGUAACAUUUGUGUUAAAAUAACACAUUUGUUGUGUCUGACUUACAAUAUACAUGUGAACAUGAUAUAAAUAAAGACACACCAGACUGGA